GUAAUAUCUGCCAUUUUCGUUUCUUUUCAGGUUGUGAACUGUGAACCACUCAUCCUCACUGAACCUGGAUCAGCUCACUUCUUCUUUUCCGUCAUCCCAUCCAGACACUAGAGGUGAAUGAGCUCUACGCAGAAAGAGGGGCUCAUCACAUGGGAGUGUGUGACGGUGUGUGCGAGGGUGUGUGUUCAGGCCUCCUGCCGUCGCCCGCUCGUCCCGGAGAGGCAUGGCGGGGGUCAGAGAGCGCGGCUCCCGGACACAGAGGCCGUGGUCGGUGUACCGGGCCAACACGUUCGAGCUGUCCGACGAGAUGAUCGGCCUGGCUCUCGCAGGAAACAGUCAGGACCCAGACGAACCUGUGCUGGAGUUCAGCAUCGUCUGCACAGACCUGGUGACUCCUGCUUCGGAUCGCAAACCCAACAGCUUUGUAGCAGUGAGCUGCACGACGCCACCACAGGCCUUCUGGACCAAACACGCCCAGACGGAGGUCAUAGAGGGCACCAGUAAUCCCAUCUUCCUCAGCAGCGUCGCCUUCUUCCAGGAGUCCAACAUCAACCAGCAGACGCAGGUGAAACUGGCCGUCUAUGACGUCAAGGACCGCUCGCAGGGCACGAUGUACAUGCUGGGCUCCGCACUUUUUCCUGUAAAGGAGUUGUUGCAGGAGAAGAGCCACAGAUUGCAGCUGGAACUGAGAUCUGCGGAGAACGUGCGGGUGGGGAACAUCGGCGUAACAGCGUGGCAGAUGGAGGACAGAGCGGACCAGAGGAUGUCCCUCAACCGCCUGCAAGACGGCAUCAACGGCCGGACGGUGCUGACUGUGGACGAGAGCCUCACGGAGUCGAUGGGAGUCCGGAUCAAGUACGCCUCGCUAUGCAAAGACACCCUGCUGCGAUCAGUGUUCGGAGGCACAAUGUCCAGGAUGUACCGCUUCCCCACGACUGACGGGAACCAUCUACGCGUGCUGGAGCAGAUGGCUGAGAGCGUCCUGUCGCUGAACAUUCCCAGACAGUUCGUCAAGCUGCUGCUGGAGGAGGACGCGGCCAGGGUCUGUGAGCUGGAGGAGCUGGGAGAGCUGUCCCCCUGCUGGGAGAACCUGCGGCGACAGAUCGUCGCUCAGUACCAGACCAUAAUACUAGCAUACCAGGAAACGCUGUCCGACCUGAGUGAUUACAGAGGUCCGUCAUUCAAAGCCAGUAACCUGAAGGCAGAGAGGAAGCUGGAGUUCAUGCCGACCAACCUCCACGUUCAGAGGAUGAGGGUUCAGGAUGAGCUCGGCUUCGAGCACACGUAUGACGUGAUAACAAUCGGAGCUCCAGCCGCUCACUGCCAGGGUUUCAAAAACAGCGGCCUGAGGAAACUCAUCCAGAAGUUUGAGGAGGCAAAGAAACAGUAA